AUGGCUGGACAUGGCCCACACGCAUCGACACCCUGGACAACGAACGCGAUCAAACAGCUCAAGCUGGUGAUUCCAGGAGGGGUUAUUACUUGGUACAUUGGUGUUUGGGAGGAAUUUUGGAGGACGGUGUCCGGGUAUAAUGGGUCGUUAGCAAGAACUGGAGCGCUUACGGCUGGAGGCCUUGGUCUUGCUACCAUUGCCCUGUUUAUCUACAUUUUGUUUAUUCCUAUAACCACUGGAGAGGAACCAGAUUACCGUGCAUGGCGCCAAUCGCCCGUCCUUUCCUCCGUCAUCCCAACAUUGACAACAACCAUCGUGUUGGGCUGGCUAGUCGCACUGAUAGUAUUCGGCCAAUGGUCAAGUCUUGGAUAUAUAAAGGGGUUUAUUGGAGUCUCCGCUGCCUACGCUCUUACAUUUGGACUUUUGGGACUUCUUCCUGCACCCAAAGCGAAACCAAAAACUCGACAAGCAUAA